GAUCAAUUAACCGGGAGGCUUGAGUACUUGUAGCGGGGCAGGAGGAGGCAUUAGGCGGCUAUAUGAGUGCUUUCUGUCGGAUGGCUGGGCUCCGGGUCAAGCUGCUGGUUCUGGUUCUGGUUCUGACUGUCCAGGGAUGGGAGGUGAUCAACGAAACUGAGCUUGUCCGUUUGUACGAGAGCGGAAGGUGGAGUGAAGCAGUGAGCGUUGCAGAGCCAGAUGACAAAGACUAUCACAAUUAUGAAGAUGAAGUUCCUGGGAAAACUAUCCUGGAAUCUGAAGCUGAAGGUGAAGUUGGCAGCUUUGACCCCUUUGCCGAAUUUGGAUUUGAGGUGGAUGGAGUAGAUUCUGGUCCAAGAAUCUUGGCUAAGGAUGAUGAUGAUGAUGAUGAUGAUGAAGUUCCUGGGAAAACAAUCCUGGAAGCUGAAACUGAAGGUGAAGUUGGCAGCUUUGACCCCUUUGCCGAAAAUGGAUUUGAGGUGGGCGGAGGAGAUUCUGGUCCAAGAAUCUGGGCCGACAGUAAAGAAAGUGAAUUUGAGGUGCAGUUUGUAGAUGGCCCUUUCAGAAGCUGGACUGGCAGCAUCAGUCCGAUUUCUGCAAACGUACUUCUGGCUUGCAGUGAUGCUGGCUUCCACAUCACUCUGCUAACGGGCAAGCUAAGUGAAGCUAAAGUUUUGGGCGCUAAGGACUUUGUGUCUCUCGGGGAUGCUGAGGAGUCUUGUGGUUUUGACGUGAACCCCUUGGAGAACACCUUGACUGUACCCUUCAGUGGGUGCAAUGUGAAACAACAUGGUGAUGGCUACAGUCUGCAGUUGCUACACGUCGAUUCGUUUGAUCGGCUGCAAGUUUCUACCAUGUCUUGUAAGGAAAAUAAAAAGUCGGACUCUGACCUGUACCCUCGUGGUGGCAGACCACACACAUGCGUCGUUCCAACUGCUCCACACUCGGAACCAUCGCCACCACCAAAGGCACAAAAUUGUGCUGUUACCAUGGCAGAGCGGUUGACAUGUGGGUAUUCAGGAAUAUCUCUCUCAGAGUGUGAGAAGAUUGGAUGUUGUUUUUGUUCAUCUAGAUCUUCCUGCUACUACCCGCUUGAUGAGUGCACUGCAGAUCAACACUUUGUUUUUGCCAUUCGCCGCGACUCUGCAUCCAUCCCUGUGGAUCCCACCAAGCUGGUUAUUCCUGGGAAUGCUGGCUGUAAACCAGUUAUUCUUAAUGACAACGUCGCCAUCUUUAAGUUCAAAGUUACAGAAUGUGGAACUCGUGUUUAUCAUGUUGGUGAGGUGAAGAUCUACCUGGCUGAAGUUCAGACUAUUGUCCAAGCCCUGAACCUCAAGUUUGGCUUGAUUACAAGAACUAAUCCACUCAGAUUCUUGAUCGAGUGUCGCUACAGCAGACUGGGAGCUGCUCAGCCAUCGCUGGCUACCGUUGGCUACAUGGUCAAAACUCCGCCUUCCAGUCUGCCAUCAGCAAUCGUCUCCAACGGCUUGUAUGGUGUCCAGUUGAGAAUCGCAACAGAUCAAACGUAUAAAAAAUUCUACCCCACUUACCACCAGCCCUUGAGACUGCUCCUUGGCAAUCCUGUUUAUCUUGAGUUGCGGCUGAAGUCGCCCAAACCAGAUGCAGUAAUUCUUGUCAACUACUGCCUCGCUUACCCUCGAUCUGCAAAGAACGCUCUGGUGCUUAUUUACGAAGGGUGUGCAAACCCUCAUGAUCCAAACGUGUCCAUCCUUCAAAUCAGUGGCGUUCCCAAAAAUCGUCACAGAAGACGCUUUACUGUGACUGCCUUCCAGUUUAUGGAACAGAAGACAAACCAGUACCUUGAUGAAGAAAUCUAUUUCAUGUGCUCUGCAGAAGUUUGUAGGCCAACAGAAAAGAAAUGUGAAGAGCGGUGCUUUGAUGGAAAGACACCGUGAGGAUUUGCAACAGACGAGCCAUUAAAUAUGAUUUGAACUGGAAAUAAUAAAUGGCAACAUUUUUUUUAUUAUACAAGA